AUGAAGCAAUUCAUGGCUACUUAUGAGCUGUCGCUGUUCCAGCGGAUCAUGGUCAUCUGGCUGUUCGUUAUCUGCGGACUGUUCAUCUCAUUCCACAUUGCGCAGCAGUGGACGGAGAAGCCAUAUGCCUGGGCAAGGCUGACGGAGAAGACGAGGCCCUACUGGUACACCUUUUACGUCUUCGAAGCAUUUCUUACUGUGCAAAUUCUCUACCGGAUCCUGGAGGAAAAGAUGGCGGGCGCCCUCAAUGGUCUGGAGAUGCAGGUGCUGGACAGCGUCUGGAUCGGCCUCUUGGGCGUGGAGGUGCUCAUGGUGAUCUGGGCCGGUGGCGUGACUGUGAUGAGGUCCAUGGCUCCUCAAGUUGCCCAGGCGAAGAAGACGCAAUGA